AUGCUUUUAUUUGCCUUAGUCUGCCGGGGGAACUGCAGCUGCCAACUGUCAUCAGCAUCAAGUUACCCGCACAAAGCUAGCCUGCCCGGCUCUUUCAGCCGAGGGAGGCGGAGGGCUGCGACGCGCCCAGGGACGGCACCGAGCAUUCGGGGCCCAGGGCCCCGCGGCGUGAGCAGCCCCCCCCGGGCUGGGGAAGGGCUGCACGGCCUCGUCUCGGCCGACCGCCCAACAGCGGCGGCGCGUGAACGCGGCCCGAAACGAGCGCCUCGCCCCGGGCAGGCAACCGAACCCCGCACGGUCGCGAGAGGGCCCGGCUUAAAAGCCUCCCCGUCCAUUUGGACGGGGGCAGGACAAGACGACCAGAUCCGUCGUCAGUUGUGCGUGCUCGGGCCCAGCCAUUUCGCGCUCCGCGCUCAAAUCGGCCUCUUUCACGCCCGGGUCGUCGCCGACACCCGGCUGGCCCUGCCACAGCCGCAACCGCAGGCGCUGCCGGCAGCGAGAGGCACCGACGACCCUGAACUCGUGCUCCGGCUGACGAACGAAGCGCGCUCGCCGCCCCCCCCCCGCCCCCCGCCUUUUCCCAAGGCUUUUGAACCCACAAGCGGUGGAGGGGUGGGAUUUGGGGCGGUUUUACUGAAGCACGCCGCUCCCCUCUCUGUCUCCCGCGGCGCAGAGGGCGGGCGGCUGCACCGCGAGGCCAGCGAACGCUUCGCCGCCGGCUACAUCCAGUGCAUGCACGAGGUGCACACCUUCGUCUCCAGCUGCCCCGGCAUCGACGCCACCACUGCUGCCGAGCUGCUCAACCACCUGCUGGAGUCCAUGCCGCUCAACGAGGGCAGCUCCCUGGACUUGAUUGCGGACGUUUUGGCGGAUCCUGCCCUCAGCCCUUGGCCUGGCAGCGAGGUGCUGGCCCCAGUGGCCGAGGCCUCCCUGGGCCUGGCUCUCCCUGCCUCAGCACCCUCGCCUUCCCCUAGCGAAGACACCUGCUCCGACUCUGAUGAGGUGGAGGCCGAGCUAGGCCAGACCGCCACCGUCAGACUGGAUGCUUCCCGGACAUGCGGCCUGCCUUCACCCGGCUUACCCAAAUCGAUGUGGAGACCUUGGUAACGGAGGAGCAUGCGGGAGUCGAUGCCGACCUACCUAGCAGGGAGAGCAGCUGGGCCCCGUGCUACCCUGC